AUUCCAGGUUGCGGUAGGCAUGCCGGUCCCGGCGUGAGAUGGACGGCAUUCAGAUGGAGCCCGUCGGCAAGUACAAGCCCGACCGCAACGGCUCAGCCAAGGCAGCUGCUUGGCGAAACAUGGUGGAUCAAGACUUGGACGAUGUCGCGUUCCUGGCCGAUACAGACAAGGCGCGCGAGGCACGCGAGCUCCGCGAGGCACCUGUCGCGGUGUGCUCGCAGCGGCGCGCGCUUUGCCUCGCGGCGGUUGUCCUAGGAGCUAUGUUCGCUAGCGCUCUGAUUGUUGUAUACGCGAGCCCUCAACCUGAUUGCCCCUGCCUGGGUGAGAACCCUCUGAUUCCCGGAUCACCCACGGCAGGAUCCGAUGCCAACGCCGCUGCUGCUAACAAAGACCGCAUAGCGACGAACGGCGCCAUUUUCCCGUGGCGCGGCGCCCGGCUGCCGACGUUCCUGAUCCCGAAGCACUACAGCCUCUGGCUGCACCCCAACCUGACCACCGGCGAGCUGAGAGGCGAAGUAUCAAUCGACUUCAAAGUGGAUCGCGACACCAUAUUCGUGGUCCUAAAUGUGAGGGACAUGAACGUCACAGAGCGGGCGCUGUUCAAAACUGGGGGCUCUUUGGGGCCUAAGGUCGCUAAAGUGCUGGAUUACCCGCCUGCUGAACAGACUUAUAUUGAGUUUAAGGAGAAACUCCGGCGAAAGUUCAACUACACCCUCAGUCUCCGCUUCAUCACGAAACUGGAGAGGAACGACAAGCAGCGAGGGUUCUUCUUGGCUGGCAACAACAGGCAUCGCUGCGCCGUGUCACGAUUCUGGUUGACGCAUGCGCGCUCCGCGUUCCCCUGCCUCGACGAGCCACAUCUCCGAGCCACGUUCCGACUCACCAUCGUCAGAGACAGAUUCCACGUGUCCUUGACAAACAUGCCAAUAGUGGCGACAGAAGAGGCUGGAUUCUAUUUAGGACAUCGAUUGCUCCAAGAUGAGUUCGCGCAGUCCCCCCCGAUGCCGCCGCACAUGAUGUCGGUGGCGGUGUGUCGCCUGCAGCGCCGCGCGCAGCCCCCCCUCCCCACCGACGCGCCCGAGCCCACCCCCUCCACGGAAGUAGCUACGUCUAGUACUGAGACACCAGAUGAGGAGGAUUUCAUGAUGCCCCCACCGGAAAUAAGUCUCUACAGCGAUCAGCAAGUUAUCUUGGAUGAGGCUGGACCUCUACUAGAAUGGGUGCAGAAAACCAUCCAACAGUUUGCCUACGAGCUGAACACGUCCUACCCCCUCCCCAAGCUUGACGUGGUGGUGGUCGAGGGGGGAGGGCUGUACUCGGAGGGCUGGGGGCUCAUCACCCUGUCUCCGAGCACCCUCACUGACACGAAGACCAUAGCGCGUCUACUGGCACAACAGUGGUUCGGCGGGCUGGUGUCCCCUCGCUGGUGGAGCGCGCAGUGGCUGAUGGAGGCGCUCACAUCCGUGCUGGGACAGAAGGCUCCACCUUUUGAAGGUGGCGCUGAACGGCAGCAAGAUAGUCUGCUGCUGGAUCAUGUUCUGCCUGCCUUGAGGUUGGACUCGAGCACGUCGGUGCGUGCGGUGGCGUCUCCGCGGCUCGAGCGCGCUGACAUAGAGUCCGCUGCUGAUGAACUAUCUUUGCAUAAGGGAGCGGCUAUAGUGAGCAUGGCGGUCGAGGCGGCGGGCGAGGCGGCGGGCCGCGCGGCGCUGGCGCGGCUGUUGCGGGACCAUCGCAGCGCCAGUGCCGAUGCUAGAGACCUGUGGCGCGCGCUGCAGCGGCCCGGCGCAGGCGGGGCGCCGCCGCACGCGUGGGACGGCUGGUGCGAGAAGGCCGGCUACCCGCUACUGGCCGCUGUUAACACGGCCACAGGCGAUGUACUGCUCAAGCAGGAACGUUUUGUGAUGACAGCAGACCCCCCGGACCCCGAGCCGCCUAUGAUCAACUCCCUUCUGACCCUGGACCUGCGGGCCGACCUUGAAGAACUCUUCUAUGAACCAGAGAAUUUCACGGACACGAUUGAAGACGAUAACGCGACCAGCAGCACCACCUCCACCCCCGCCCCUACCACGCGCCGCCCCGCGCCCCGCACCCCCAAGCCCCCGCCCAACCCCAAGUGGGUCAUCCCGGUCACCUUCUCCGUGGGACCUCUGGAGCCUGGCUUCGAGAAUGACACGAAGAUCGCCAAGAAUAUCACUGAUAGUGUGCUACAGAAUGGGACUUGGUACGACGUGGGCAACGAGACGAAGACGACUCACGGCUCGCGCUGGGCUGAGAACGUCACACACUUAAUAUGGAUGAACGACACUGAAAUGUUGGUACCAGACUUGGGCAAGCACAAGUGGGUGCGAUACAAUGUGGGAGCGAGAGGGCUGUACCGAGUCGCGCCACAGAAUCCUUCCGCUGGAGAGACGGCGGAGGCGGCGGCCGCCCGUGCGUCGGCGCUGUACCUGGGCGGCGCGCCGGCGGAGCGCGCUCUCCUACUGGACGACGCCUUCGUGCUGAGCCGCGCGCGCCGCCUGCCCGCCUCCAGGGCCGUCGCGGCUGCAGCGCGUCUAAAUAAGGAGACUCACUGGGCCCCAUGGCGCGUGGUCCUCAACCACUUAUCCUGGUGGAAAGAGCUACUUCGCCUUACUUCGUCCGGCCCGCCUCUAGCCAAGCUGCUGGUCACCCUACACCCGGAUACCGUGACUAUAUACACCAGUCAGGAAAUGGAGACGUUGAAUGAAGACCAAUUAUGGCUGAGCGGCGCGCUGCUCACAGCCGGCGUUGAGUGGGAGAAUGAGAAAGUGACGAAACAGGCGGUACGCCUGUUCGACUCCUGGCGCAACGCCAACAAGACCAUACCGGAGAUAUACCAGGAGGCGGCCUUCACAGCGGGCGUGCGCACAUACGGCCUUGUCGGCUGGCAGACCUGCUGGAAAGCUCUAACAGCAUCCUACGCGGCCCCGCGUCCUUUAUAUAGCCACCGGGCGCUGCUUGCUGCGUUGGCGUCGCCGAAGGACGAUUGGCUUUUCUACAGGUUCGCAUUCACCGCGCUGUCACCAGAGGCGCAGCGGGGUCGCGAGUGGAAGCAAUGGAUCACAGCGCUCUGCGCAGCCGCGUGCAGAUGGCGCGGCGCGGCGAGCGCGUGGCGCGUGCUGCGCGCCGCGCCCGCGCCGCCGCCGCCCGCGCUGCUCGCGGCCGCGCGCUGCCUGCAUCAGCCACACGAUUAUUACCGAUUUAAAGAUCUGUUCGGCGAGUUGAGGGGAGCCGUGGGCGCGUUGGACACCAUCGCGCUGAACGCAGCGUGGGUAGCGCAGGCCGACAUGGAUCUGCAACGGUACUUCACCGCCGUCAAACCGUAG